AUGCAAAACUUUUCCUCCGCCGAGGUAAAGGAGCUAGGUGCACAACGAUCCCUAAUUAUCAUUCAUGGAAAAGUCUAUAAUGUAAGCGGCUACUUGGAUGAGCAUCCUGGAGGGAGGGACCUUCUGUUGGAUGUUAUUGGCACCGAUGCGACAGAACAUUUCGUACAAGCGGGGCAUUCCCACGAGGCACAAGAUACUCUCGCUAGUUUUGUUGUUGGCAGUGUCAAAGAUUACCAAUACAAAGUUCCGGAAGAGAAAAAUAGUGCUCUUUAUCAAAUGGACAAUGGGCCCACAGCAUCUUCCCAGGUAUGGCCGCGGCUCGCAAUGGCCGUGCCUGGUGUUGCCUUCUUGGCCUUGUUCCUGCGGCUUGUGGUUCGUCAUGGCGAUGUUGGGGGUACAUGGAUUCGUCUCCCAUCAGUUAGCAUGUCUUUUUUCGCCCUCGAUACGCCGUCAACAUUGUUGGUAUUUUUGAUUGUUGCUUUAUUGGUUCUUCUUGGAGGCUUUACUUAUUGGGUGUCGACCAUCAUUUAUGUCGAGUUCGGGUACGGGAAUUAUCCAGAAGUGAUCCCUGCGAGUAAUUAG